AUGAUCGACCAACCUCUCGAUAAGGCAAGCCGGAGCCUCAUUUUCACGAAUGAGACCAACCCACUUCGAUUAGCUAACGAGUACGGAUACGGCCCGGCGCAGGCAGAAGGGUUCAAAUGGCAAAAGUGGCUGGAUGGCCCGAUCGAUAGCUCGUGCCCGGUCCUUCCUAUCCGCCUAUCAAUUCGAAUGCUAUCCCUCAACUACGGUUGGUGCAUUUUUGACGGAGACUAUCCCCCAGACGCCCAAACAGCUUCUCGCCACUACCCUCCCGGAAACCUCGGAUUCGCACUUAAGUGGCACGAUUUGCCGACUGGACGUAAGUACACCAGAGUAAUUCUCGGCCAACAACGUCACUCCUCGGGUGGCACAACGGAAAAUGAGUACCUAUUACAAACAGGACCAGGGGCGAUCUUCGCUCUAGAAAGUAAACGCACCGAUGGACCUUAUUGGUCUGACAUCGCCCUUGCUACAUACCGUUUUUACGAGACUGAGGACCUCCGAUUUGUAUUUCGGGUAAAUGUGAUUAAUCCGCUCACCACAGCCAUUGUUGGCGAGGUCUACUUUUGGAACAGCCGUCGGUGGCCCGAUCGGCGUCACUCGUAUUGGAUGCAUGGUACACCGGAGUACCAGGCGAUUUUGUCCACGCCCAACGCUAAGGGAGUCGCAGCUCUUGUUCUGGGGGGAUACGAGCGAGGGACUCGAUGGAUACCUGCCAUCGUGACCUGGGCUGACACGACUCACGCCCGGGCGUAUCUCCAGAUGCUUUUUGUGAUUUGUGCUCGAAUUGAAUGA